AUGUCUACGCCCUCCACCGCCACGGCCACACUCCCGCCCCAUCAUCAGUUUUAUUCGCACCACCACGCUUACCAGCCAAACAUCUCCAAUGCCCAGGUUGCCAACGGCUCUGGUCGGAUAGGCAAUUCGCUCUACAACGGCUACGCUAGCGGCUCCUCGACCUCUGACCUGCGCCGAACCGCUGCAUCUGCAACUGCAACUGCCCACAACAGACAACCCCCCCAGCUGCCUCCCAUCCCUCACCCAGCCCCGAUCGACAUGAGCGCGACCGACGCCGGCUCGGCUCAUCGACGCCGGAACCCGGACUGGGCCGAUUUUUACAAAAACGGCAUCCCUAGAGAGGUCAUUGUUAUCGACGACGACGACGAUGACGACGCUGCACACGCUGCUGCAAACUCUUCAGCGCGCCAUGCAGACAAGAAGCGCAAAACAACCGCGUCGACGGCCUACGACCCCAUCUACAACCAGCAUACCUCGUACUCGACCACCCAGACACCCUACUACGACUCGCCCAACCACUCGCUGUCCACCGACAGGACAACCUCUGCCCUCAAUACCACUGCGCCCACCUCGCUUGGCUCCCAGGUCAGCAACGGCCACAACAUCUCGCCUCACGACACCACGGCCGCUGGCCAGAAACGGAAACGCACACGCGCCGUGGUCCAGGACGAAGCAAAGCAGGCCAAGCGACGAGAGCUAGAUCAACACGACGACCCCUUUAGCCUCUACCAGCCACCGCCCAACCCAGUCAUCAAGGCCAAAGAUGUUUAUGUUCAGGUCAUCCAAGACAAAUCAUACAACAAGGACCAAAAGGUCGAUGACGAAGAUGGCCACUACAUUGUAGUCCCAGAUGCCGACCUCACCGAGCGAUACCAAAUCACAAAGCUGCUCGGCCAGGGCACAUUUGGCAAAGUUGUUCAGGCUUACGAUAGGCGAAAAGGAACAAACUGCGCCAUCAAAGUCAUCAGAUCUGUGCCCAAGUACCGAGACGCCAGCCGUAUCGAACUGCGAGUGCUGUCGACAUUGGCCUCCAACGACAAGCACAACAUCAACCGAUGCAUACACCUGCGAGAUUGCUUCGACUACCGAAACCAUAUCUGCAUUGUUACUGACCUCUAUGGCCAAAGUGUGUUUGACUUUCUCAAGUCGAACGGCUUUGUGCCAUUUCCCAGCUCUCACAUCCAGAAAUUUGCCAAGCAGCUCUUCACCAGCGUCGCCUUCUUACAUGAUCUCAACCUGAUCCACACGGACUUGAAGCCAGAAAACAUCUUGCUUGUCAAUAACAACUACCAGACUUUUACGUACAAUAGAACUGUACCAUCAUCGUCUACCACGGUCAACAGGACCGCACGACAUCGCAAAGUCCUUCUUGACCCGGAAAUCAGACUCAUUGACUUUGGAUCGGCAACCUUUAAUGACGAGUACCAUUCGUCGGUUGUGUCAACCCGUCACUACCGUGCACCAGAGAUUAUUCUCAACCUAGGCUGGAGCUUCCCCUGCGACAUUUGGAGUAUCGGAUGCAUCCUGGUCGAGUUUUUCACUGGCGACGCCCUGUUCCAGACGCACGAUAACCUUGAGCAUCUGGCCAUGAUGGAAGCUGUCUGCAGCGGUAAGAUUGAUCGGGAUAUCGUACGAGCCGUCUAUAAGCAAGACCGUGGAUCAUCACGCAAUUCGGCAAGCUCUGCUGCGAGAUAUUUUAAGAAUUACAAGCUCGACUACCCCAACGCUGAGACCAACAAGGCGUCCAAGAAAUAUGUCAAGGCGAUGAAGAAGCUCCCCGAAACCAUCCCAGCCCACACCGACUUCAACAGGCAAUUCCUCGAUCUAUUACGACGCAUCUUCGUGUAUGACCCCAAGAAGCGAAUCACAGCCAAGGAGGCUCUACAGCACCCUUGGUUCAAGGAAUCGCUCAUGGACGAUGGAACAGAGGCCCACAAGAUCAAGCUAGAGCGAGAGAAAAAGGCCCGCCGGGCGGAAGAAGAGCGCCGAUUCCGUGAACAGCAGCGACAGUACUGA